AUGGCGCUUCUACUGCAUCUGUUGGAAUACCUCCUACAAAAAGUCGGACUUAAAAAGUACAUAAAGGGAGUGAAGCACAUGUGUAUGGACAGCCUUAAGCACUUCAUUUUGGAAGAAUUAGAAUUGGCCCCCUUCAAAGUUAACCUCCUUGAUGCUCUAGUGAGGAACACACACGGAAAAGGUUUGUUAAGGAGGAGGAAGCGACACCGGAAGGAGAAGGGAUCGUUUGGUGAAUACUUGGCUUAUUUGGAUUCUCUAAGGGAGAAGAACCACCAACUCAGCUUUAGCAUUUUCUACGUCGGUAGGGUGGAGUUAGACUGGGGGAUCCCCUCCAGCAGGAAUGGCGUUGUGUACGAUUCAGGCAUCUACAAUGGUCUGACCGCACAGAUGGAAAACGUCUUCGUGAGUGUAAGGUUGGAGGAGAAGGAGGGCGCCCACGUGGGGGAGCCGGAUAAAGCACCACGGGGGAAGAACGGAAAAAAGGCCAACACAAUGGGCAGACCCAUGAACGAUAUUGAAUGUUGCGGCACUGAGGAUGGACACGAACCCGCACCAAUCAGCAGGAGCUUCCCCGUCGUCGUUCUUCUGCUGGCCAUUCUUUACCUGAACGUGUUCAGAACGAAGCUGUAUGGCAUGGUCUGUUCCCUCCUGCAGUACAUCGCGCAUAAAUUCAUAAAGGGGGGUCUCCUCCGCUUUUUCAAAGAAAUCCUUUCCAAAGUAGCCAUGAAAUAUAUCCUCUGCCUUGACAUAAAAAACGUGAAUAUCCUUUUCGAGGAUACACUACCGAAUGGAAAAAAAAAAAUCUUCCUUUCUGUGCAUAUGAAUGAAGUGCACGCAGACAAUUGUAGCUUUAUCCGAAGCAGGGAGAGGGAGGAAAGUCACCUCAUGGAAGUGAAAGGCAGUCGAAACGUCAUCACAAAGGGGAAGAAGAUUAUUUACAACGAUAGGGGGGAUACCCUACAGAGGAAUGCCUACAUGGAUCUUUUCAAAUUUACCAUAAGGCAGCUCAGUGUUUACCAGGAUGGAAGGAAUCAACACAUUAGUAGGAGUGACAUAAAUGGAGACAAAUUUAAGUAUAAGUUUUUUUUCUUUUAUAAUGUGAAGGUAACACAUAAGAGGGAGUGCCUUCUGAAGGAGACCAACCUGUUGUGUGAUUUGUCGAAGGAGAGGACUGGCCAGAGGUACCUCCUCAGUGUCGUCACCCCGGGGGUUCAGCUCACCCUUUCAGAUGAUAGUUUGUAUACCUUGUAUUUGUUUUUGUAUAAGUACGUCUGCAUUGCGGGGGGAAAAACCCAGGGGGAGGUCACCACGGUGCAGAAAAAGCUGCGUUGUAAGCAUCCAAAAGGAAGAACUGGCGUUACCGGAGGAAGGAAAAUGCUUCAGUUCGACUUUCACAUGGAGCAGUUCAAAGUGGAUUAUUCGUACAGUGGGGGGAAUGACUCCCUCUGCUGUUGCGGCAAGAACGUGGAGCUUUCCUUUGCGUUGCAGGAGGAGAGUUGCAUUGCAGGGAAGGCAUUUACAACACACGACCGAUCGGUGAAAACGCUCACACUGCACAACUUCACCUAUUCGAUGGAUUCAUUUUCCGUCACAGAAUCCUACUCGAGUUUGUCCCUCAGCGUUAGUAAAGUAAAGGAGGAUCUGCUUCGUUUCAACACAAAAAAAAGUUAUGCCUUCAAGAAGGUCAUCUAUAACGGUCUACUAGAUAGCACGUGCGAAGAGUACGCCAGUGUGACGGCCGCUCUGGCUGGCAGAUAUGGCUGCAGUGCUUCAUCUAGGGGGAAGAACAGACACUGCCUCAUCGCACAGGUGCAUAGGAAGUGCAACCAAAGGGGAAGUAGAACAAGUGAGUAUAGAAUAGGUCUGCAAAUUGAGUGCAUCAACUUGGUGGUCAGUCGGUUGGAUAGGUUCUGCGUUCUGGUGGGCGGCCUACUAGAGAGGGACCUCUUCGUGUUGCAUCACCAUUUGGGUGUGAGCGGUGCAAAUAAACCAGUUCACAAUCCACACAGUGGCAACAUAAAUAAUCGGGGAUAUACCCUCCCACCGCUGGUUCACAUAAACGCGCAAAUUAAACGGAUCAAGGUGGAACUAACCAAGUUGCGUGCACCCACGUUGAUCCUCUGCCUGGACCAAAGUAUCCUACACUUCACAAAUCAGAACAUCAUGCAUGUGAAGAAAAAGGAAAUGCUAAAGAUCCCCGCAAGUCGUAACUUUUUCCUAAGGAAAGAAUUAAAGACCAGGGGGAAAGCCAUCCACAGCCAUGUUAACGUAGCCUACAGAAUAGCAAAUAUAUACACCUACCUGAAGGAUGGCAAAAGCACACACAUUCUGGUCUUCCCUUUUUCUCUGUUCUUCGCUCUGGACAGGAUCAAACUGUAUAGAGUGAAAAUUUCCAUCGUUUCGCUAGUCGUAGAGCUAAACAGCAACGUUUUAAAUUUGUUAAAGAGGUUAUUUGGGGACAGCCAAGAAUAUGCGCAGAGGGAGAAUGGCACUCGAAUUGGAAAUGCAUACUUCACAUCGGAGGAAUGCGAACCUGAAACAAGUCUGCUUUCUCACCCUGGUGGAAGAAAAAAACGUGAGGACGUACCAAAAUUGAUGAUCCAUGCAAAGGAAGACGUUAUGCCCAUGCAGGAAGAACUGAACCUCCUCUUCGGGGCAUUGGAAGUCUUUUUCGAUAACGAACAAGUGGCCAAUGAGACGAAUGAGGGAGACGAUUAUGUAAGCUCCUCCUUCAGCAUUACCUACGUACUAAACUUUUUUAUUAACAUAAGGGUAAAGUUUGCCUGCCGCCAUGUGAACCUCUUCUUCUUCCUAUCCAAGGAGGAAACACCAAAUUCGAAGAAGCCGAAAAAGAAAAAAAUAACAAACGUUAUUAUUUUCUUACAAUCGGAUGAAGGGAGAUCGAACCGAUUGGACAAGUCAAAAGGGAGAGAGAGGUACAUUGAAGCAUUUCACUUUAAGUUCACGUCGGAGAGGACCAUUUUUCAUUUUUUUGCCACGAAGAGAAAAAAUGCUUACCUCCUUAAGAACAAACUGUAUUUAUGCAACUUUGCUUCAUUUUGCGAUUUUCAUAUCCGUUCUGUUCCUUUGCGUUUUGAGUCCUUGAAGGGGGUGAGGGUGUACUCUCUUGCGGACCACGGGGGGGAAAAGAACAUUGUAAGGGUGAGAUCAACUGGUGGAUGCAAACCGGAUACCGUUGCAGGGAAGUCAGUAGGAAGGGAAGGAAGUUACACAAGGGGGGUUCAUCCGAAAGGUCUAUCCCCCGCACUGACCCUGAGACACCAGUGCCAGCUGACCCAAUCGGGACAGCUCAAAAGACACGGCGUGAAGAACAAGCACGUAAUUGCAUGUUACCUAGACAGGCUGGACCUGUACGUGCACGACUUCUUCCUCAACGUGGCUUACUACGCGUAUUUGCAUUUGUGGGCAGUGCAGAGGGGGGAGCUUAAUCAUGGAGGGAACAAUCAUCUCACGAAACGCCCACUCAGAAAUGUCUUCCCAUCCGAAUCGGACCUUCUACAUCUACGAAGAAACAACAACACCUUCUACAGAUCCGUUACCAAGAAAAUGUUAAGACUCUUCUUUUACUUUAUCGCGAAGAGAAUUACCUGCUCCUUUCUUUUUAUGGAAAAGGGGGAUAUGCCUCAGGAUCAGGGAUUCCCCCUCGGGGCAGCGAGGAAGCAUUUUAAGAUCCAGAUGAAUUGCCUUGUCGUAAAGUUGAGGAGUCACCUUGUGAGCAUCGAAACGGUGAAGGAGUCUGGUGGACAUAUAUGGAACGAAGCAAUAAAAGAAUUAGCAGACGUCGAAGAUGAAAAGACUAUCUCUGUGAAGGAACAUGUGGUGGGAGACUCCCCCGGCGGAAAGGUACACAAACUUCCACCCAUACGAAGGAACCUUUCCAAAAGAACAUACCAAAAGAAAAAACGACCACCCGUAAAAAGAUGCACCCCCCGCAGUAGGCACAAUUUCUACGUGUGUAAAUUGAACUUUCACAUGUAUGUAAAGGAAACCACUGUAAUGAGGUACAUCGUGGGGGGGGCUGGAGUGAAAAAGGGGAAAACCCCCCCAUGGGAGGAGAACCAUUUGGGAAAAUGUGAUCAUGUGGAGGAUCGAACGGUUUCAAGGGCGGUCCCCCCCAUUGGCCCAUUCCACCACGCAUCGACGGAGGUGGUGAAAACCCAGCAGGCAUAUAACCCCCACAUACGGAGCGUUACCCACGCAAGAACGAAAAAACCAAAGAGAAAAAACGUCUUUGUAAAAGUUGAGAGAACAAAUUUGAUCCUUUCGGACCUACUCAACAUGGUGAUUCAUUUGAACAGCCACAGGGUGCGAGUAUCUUCACAUGUGAACGUCUUGGAUUCGUUAAGAUGGUACAUUGAAGCUAUUAAUGAAACAUUUCAGAACCCGUUCUUUAGAACCCAUUUUCCGAUAGAUAGAUUGACGACUGAUAGAAGCGCAUCUGAAGAGGUGAGAGAUUUUAUAAAAAGGAGGAACAAGUAUGCACAUGGGGGGAGACUUACCAUGGAUGGACUCACCGUGGGAGAAGUCUACCCAAUGGAAGAGAACGGAAGAAAGAACUUACCCAUGUGGUACGAACCGAGUGGAACGCUCUUCCAAGUUAGGAAGGUACACAUUGCUGUGAAUAGGGUCACCUGGAGCUGCACCUACUUUGUGCGUCCACUUGGGGAGGAGGGCAUCACCAAAAGGAGAGGUGCUGAUUCUUCAGGUGAAGCAACUAACAAGGGGAAGCAAAGGAAAAAGAAGAAGGAAAAACUCCUACUGAAAACAAAAAAAGGGACAUUCGUUUUUUCUCGUGCGUCUAAUGGAACGACUCAGAGAAGACAAGUCCUACAAAUGGUUUGUCUCGUGAAAAGUACACUUUGUGACGUCCGCUUGUUUUUGAAAGGGUCAGAGGAUGGGAAGAAGUUUCUCAUUUUUCAGUCUAACUAUCUGCACCUGGGAAGUCAAAUAAGGUUUCAACUCCCCGUGAGGAAGGUGCAUAGAAGAGGUUUACAUAUAGUUAGGAGGAUCAGGCAUAGAGCGGGUAAAAGGGGAGAGAGGCAAACCGAUGAACCACCCAACUGUGCUCAUCAAACGGAUCCCCCAUUCCCACGUUUGCUUUAUCCUUCCAUAACAUGUUCGACACGCAAAGGGAAAGCUCGGCUCCUCUUUAAGAUGCUGAGAUGCUUGAAGAGGAAAAUAAAAACCCGCAGGAGAGAUGCGUCCUGUUAUUCUCCAACACGCGCUGCACGGGAACCGCACCAAGUGCAUGUCAAAACGGUACUAAAAUCGUACAGCAGAAAGGGGGAGAAGAGGGACGAUGAAUACGUUGGACGUAACUCCUCCUUCAACGUCCUCCUAAACGAGGAAAACGUCGUCUCGUUAGUUAAUUUGUACGCUUGCGUGGUGGAGCUGGGUGCCAAGGCACAGCGUCUCCUUCGCAGGUACGGCUUGGGUGGAAGUGGUAACGGCAGUGAAUGCCGACACGGUAACCGUGGUGGAAGUGGACGUGAUGCAUGUGAGGGUCUAGCUGGUCGCACAUGGCCCAGGAUGAGAGGAAAGCGACUCGCUCCAAUUAUCCGAAGAGUGCACACCAAUCAGAGGAUGAAGAAGAUGCGAACAGGUAACAGACCAGUGGUGGAUCAACAAAAUGGCCCUUUUGUGAGGGAGAAGAAGACAACGCAGAAGAGGGGGAUCCACCUGCCUAACGGAGGAGUGAACAAAUGGGUCAAUCAGAGGAAUAUCUACCUGUCGACGCAGCGGAGUGCCUAUUCCCCCCCACCUUCCCUUAUAGAUGCGCUGCUCAAAUCCGUGAGUUUUAAACUAAAGAAUAUUUUUUUGCUGUUCCACACGGACAGAGAGAACGUCUUCCUGGGGACGUACGUAGGCGACCUCAAGGGGGAGCUCACAAAGAAGGAAAGUAGAAGAAGCAAACAAAAGAGGACGCACAAUUUUAGGUACCUACAUGAGUUGAAAGAACUGCUCCUAUUCAGCAGCAACGACUAUUUUGAUCCCAAGGGGAAGGUGUACCUAUUUGAAAUGUUUAACUCCUUGUCGAGGCGAAACUACCAAAAUUGUAUGAACAUGUUCAUAUUUUUUUUAAAAAAAAAAAAAAAAAAUUUUCAAGGGGGCAAUUUGAAGAGGAGGAUAAACACUGAUGGGGGGGUGAAUGCGAUUAGUCUGGAAUGCAAGAACGGGGUGCUUCUCACCAGGCGAAAUAUCCCAACUGAAGGGAGAAAAGUUGUCGACCAGGGAGGGAAAACAAAACGACGUAUAGAACGAUGUGCAGAACGAUGUGUAGAACGAUGUAUAGAAGGAUGUACUCCUGCACCAACUGAAGUGACAACCGUUUUGAAGAGAGCACUUUCAAACAGGAAGGAGUUGCUUAAGGAGUACCUCACCAAUGUUACCUACUACGAAAGGAAGUAUACACAACAGGAGAGGAAGAAUACCAUCCUGUUUGUCAGGAGACGUGCACAUUUCCGUGUUGAAAAAACAGUUGGUUGCAUGUGGGGUGUGUUGGAGUCGAUAGAAGAGAGAGCCAAAAUGGUUGCUACGAGGAAGGAGAUUAACCAAAGUGGAAAAAUGAGUGUGCAUGUGAAGUAUGCUCUGAAAGGAGACCAUACGCUUAACAUAACUGUAAAACAUACGUAUAGGGAUGUUUGCUUCUUCCUCCCCAUGAACACCCUUGUGCAGUUGCAUAAAAUUGUGAACACGUCGAAAAUGUGGAAAGCAUUUCAUUUGUUGUCUGUUGGUAGAACCAGGCAAACGAAACGACCUGGUGAAGCAACCCAUGGAAGGAGAAAGAAGCAACUUUUUCUUUCGUACCACUUUAAAAUAUUUGUUGCUAAUUUGAACGUUCAUUUGUUGUCUGCUUGUACCUACCUUAUGGAUAAUGUUAAGGAGAGUGGAGAGGAGAUCCUAUACGAUAUGAGUCUCGUGAAGGAAAAAACGAGACGUGCCAACACAGGUGGACGCAUCGAAGGUGCUAAUAAAAGGAAAGCAACGAAUGAUAAGCAUAAAAGGGAAGACAAUCACAGAGUAUAUAACCAGGAAAGGACGAACGAGCUGCAUAGACGGAAGAAGGAAGCCUCUUCCACUGUGACACAGAAACGAAACAAAGGGAAGAAUGAACACACUUAUGUGAACACCCCCCCGGGAAAGCGCCAUCCAUCCUACUUAGGUGAUGAAAAAACAGUGGAACGGAAAAAUGUCUACUUGGUAGACAUUGAGAAAAAAAAAAGGAAAAGGAAGAGGGCCGUUCGAAGGGGUGACAACCAUGUGCAGACGCAACGACGGAAGGAAAAGCAGUGGAAGCAUACCCCUCACAGGGAAAGAGUAGAAAAGGGCACCCUCGUUGACGUCAACAAGACGCACUGUAAUAUAACUAUGCAGCACCUCCGCGUUAAGUGCGGCCUCCUGCACGCCCCCCUAACUGCUCACAGUGCCAUAAAUGUAAUUCGGGUGGAAAAGGUAGAUAUCUCAUCCAACCAGGGGAAGCACCACAAGGUGUACUUUAGCUUGGUGGGCGUCCGGAAAUUUUAUUUGCGGCGUUGUGGAGGAAGGCCAUCCGAUUAUAUGCAGAGGCAGAUAAACGGGGGUGGUGAUUCACCGAACAUUAAUGUGAUCUGUUUACGAGAGUUCUGCCUUUACAACGUCGUGGAGUUCAUGAACAUCCUGUGCUUCUUCACGCAAGUCAAUUACAUGCUUAACCGGGGAGAGUCUUUACACGUGAAGUCGGGAAACAAAGACAGGAAGAACCUCACCCCCAAAGUUUUAACACCAAGUUUCGCAGCCCUGAAUGGGAAUCACUUAUCAGAAGAGGGUACCAGCACGUUGAAGCAAAGUGGUUCCUUCUCAUUCGUCUCAAGGAGGAAUAGUACCAAGCGGGGCGUGACGACCCCCCUCAGUAGUAACUCCUUCUCUAAUUUCGCACUACCAGGGAGGGGUAAUCCAAAUGGUGGAACCGCAAGGGGGAGACACGCUCCCGUCCAGGUGAAUGACGAGAGGAAAGUGAUCACAGGGCUUAUUACUCCUCAGACAAGGGAUAACCACUUAAAGAAUACCGAAGCUGAUUCGAACGGGAAAAAAAUAGAUGUGCAGGAAAAAGUACUCUUGACGAAAAAUUGUGCAAGCCUAAUUGUGAGCAGAGUAUCCAUAUGCGUGAACAACAACGACCUGCUGAUUUGGAAGUUUCUUGUGGAAGAUUUAGAGAACCUAGGGAGGAAGCUGCGGGGGGGGAAGGUCUACACGUGCAGGUACAGCUACCGGGGGGUGAUGAUCUCGUCCAAGUUCCGCAAGGGAAAACGCGGCAAUAAGGGUGGCAAUAAGGGUGGCAUUAAGAAUGGCAGUAAGGGUGGUAGUAAGGGUGAUAGUCAGCGUGGUAAUAACCCCCCUUGGAAGAUGCUUGGCAGGCCGCUCACACGAACGACAAACAAGCUGCAUAUAAACGUGGACCUGAUGAAGGUGUCCUUCCUAACGUUGGGGUACCUGCACGAACUGUUCUGCAUAAACAGCGUGAAUAACCAACUAACCCUGAGAAGUAGAUACCGAAAGGGGAAGAUCAAAAAGACAGAAGUGGCCCUGAACAUGAAGCAGAUGAAUGCACUCUGCAUAGACGUAACACAUUUUAGCAACUUCCUGUUUAAAAACGCCAGGAGAAUUCCCCUCGUGGAUUCUUUCGACCUUUCAGUGCAUUACAACAUGGAUGAGAAGAAAAAAAAAAAGCUUUGGGUGUAUGUAAAAAAUGACGUGCACAUAUAUAUAGGGAGAGGGAUAGUAAACUUCCUCUUCCUUUUCAGGCAGCAUUUUAUUCAUUCGCAUUUUGCCUACCAUGAGUGUCUACUUUGCAGUCAGGUGAGUAACGAGAAGAUGCGAACGAUUAGAGAUUUGCGCAAUUUUGUUUCCUUCCAGAAUAAGUUUAACAAGGAAUUCGUUAUGGUCAAAAAUUACACUCCUUACAACUUGGCCUACGAGUAUGAGCAGAAUGUUGGGUUGGUGAAGAGGCAUCAGGACAGCGUCAUUGUGUGUGCGAAUUUGUUUUUCCUCCUCAUUUACAGUGUGGAGGAUUCCAAUUUGAGGAAGAAAAUUUUUCUAAAAGGGAGGAAUUACCUCUCGGGGGGAAGCCACCACAAUGCUGAUCGGUAUGGACCCCACUUUGGACAGCCCUACAGACACCAACGCGGGAAGCAGGACCCACUCCAUAAGAAGACACUGAAUGAGAAAAACUACCUACACAUUGAUGUGGGCAUUUAUGACAAUAAAAAGUGUAUCUACGUUUAUCCCUAUUUUUUUGUAAACGUCCUGUUCGAUGAGUACCUGAAGCGGGAUGCCUCCACCAUGACCACGAACGAUCCAUCCAAUAUAGGGAAAAGAAAAAAAAAAAAAUUUCUCCAUUUGAAGUUAAAGUUUAUUAAGGCUAACAUGAUUAACACGUGCGUGGUGAAGGACAACCAGACCGCCUUCAGCAUCCCCUUCCAUUUUAUGAAGCAGUGCGAAUUUAUACAACUCGUCGUGAAGAUGCAGAAUGAUAAGCUAUACGUGAGUAACAAAAUGAAGUUCUCUCAAUUUUUGAAACUGAGGAGGUAUGUCUUUCGGGACAUUCACGAUAGCGUUCAUGUGCUCUAUUGCAGUUUCUUCUUCUUGGUGAAGAAGCGUGCACACCGCGUGGGGAGGAUAAAGGUACAAGGGGGAGAAGGAAAAGGCGUGCACCUUGAUCAGGCACACUUGCAGAGGGAUGACUCAGUGCACCCCCGCAAUCGAACCGACGCAGAAGAAGCCAAGUACUCCAAAAUAUUUAGUGUCGUGCGAAUUUUAGAAAAAAACGUGCACGUCCUAUCUAUACAAAAUAGCAUGAAACUAAUUAACCUAACUCCAUUUAACAUAAAUGUCCUAUUAAAGAGAGAAAAGGGAAGAAUAAAAACGUACAGUUUACGCAGCUUCGAUUGUGUGAAUGUGUACCACUUUUGCUUCCUUGACAAUCUUAUACUCAACUUUAGUCUGUCCUUCUAUCGCCAAUGGAUAAAGUUUUUGCGAAUAAACAAUGAGGCAUAUUUUGCACGUGCGGAAGUGAAACAGGAUUUAUUCGUGGCUACAAAUGGGGGGGUUGUUGGACAAACGAGAACCACUCCCGAUAAUGACAGCGAAACGGAACACCAUACAAAUGUGAAAGCUCUCCCAAAAAUUAUCUUCUUCGAUAUUGUCAAAUUUCACGGCCUCUACUUUGUUGUCUACAUAUACAUGCACGAACAGAACUACAACAUAGCCAUAGUAAGUAAGCACAACGUUAUGAACUACACGAGAAACGUGCUGCAGUACUACCUGUUGAACGACGAGGAGAAUUGUCUAGACGACCUCAACUUCCAAUGCGAGGUUAAGAAGUACAGUUUGAAGGAAACAUACACUCAGAUGAAGGAAGAUGUGCUUGUGCUUUCCCCCGUUAUGGAAAGGAGGGUCUUCACAAUCGACAAGGAUAUUUUAAAAAUUGAAGAAAAAAAAAAAAAAAUGGAAAAGGAAGAAAAAGAGGGCAAUGAACACUGUAUUAAAAACUACUGUUUUAACCACCGGUUUGCCCUAAACAGUUACAACAAAACGAUGAGCAACGACUCAGUCUCCUACGAAAUAAAUAAGUCCUACACCAAGGUGAUACAGCUGAACGAGGAAUACGUGACUGUGCGUGUGCACCACCUGCACUUCCACCACUUUGGCAUUUCUUUUAUUCAAUUUUUUCCCUACCUCGUUCUGGUCAACCUUACGAAGUACGUCUUCGAGGUGAAGUCCAAGCCGCCCGACGCGCUGGAGAAGGCGCAGCAACGAAAGCGGCAGCAAAUAUACGACUCGAACGAAAGCGACGAUCUCAAUUUCAGCGAACAUUCCUGUUUUUCCCCUACCAGUGAAGACGACUCAGGGUUCGACCUGGGGGAAGAAACCAAACCAAGCGGGAAAAGCGUAUCACGUGGGGAAAGCGUACCAAGUGAUCAUUAUGAAGGAAGCAGCUACCUGGGUAGAAUUGCCGCCCUCUUUGAUGAAGAAAAGGUGGAAAGUAAACACCCUGACCGGACGAACCUAUUGGAUAGCAUGAGUGUGCAGGAGCUAAACAUAAAGAACAAAAGUGCAUGGGAUUUUGUAAGUUUUAAAAUAAGGCAACAGGAAGGGGAAGGAGGUGAAGUACUGCCCGACCAAGUGGUACCGGUGGAAGAACAACAGAACGAACUGGAACGGAACGUCCUGAUCAAAUCCACAGUUAACCGCCCAGAAAGCGCCAAACUUGUGAACUACACGCAAGCGCUGAAAGUGUUAACCCGGAAGAGUCAGGAAAAGAGGGGAGAACCCCGAGUAGGGAAGACCAAACACGUAAGGGGGAAGUAUAUAAAAAUCCACAAGAACUGUGCUACCUACUUUUACACGUACAAGUAUGCACAAAUCUACACGAAGAACAACCAACACCUUACCGUGGUGAAGGAGAAGCUCUUUCAUAUCUUCACCAUAGAGAAGGAAAAAACGUAUUACAUUUUUAUUAGGAGAAUUCCACUCGUGUCGGGGCAGCUACAGGGGGAGAGCAGUAUGCCAAAUAAUGGAAUCCCCCCGAAGAGUGAAAAUCCGGCAAGGCAAAGAAUGAACAGGUGUAAUAAUAAUGAUGUUGAUACAAAUGAUAUGGGGUGCACUUCUGAGGAAGGGGAGGAGCCCCCCAUGGAGGAUGAACCAAAAGGGGAGGAUGCACCCAAUCGGGAGGAUGCACCCAAUCGGGAGGAUGCACCGAAUGGGGAGAAUGCCCCCCUUGGAACACUCCCGUCAGCGGAAUAUGAGCGCUCUCUCCACGAGUAUAACCGCUUGAAAAAAAUGAACAUCGACCUUGUUACCUUCACGAGGAAGAACACAAUGAGAAGAAUUUUCAAAAGGUAUAAGGAGAAAAUAAACGAACAGGUGAAUAAAAAAGGGAGGAUCCAGAUUUACAACAAUUUGGACGUCCCCUUUUUUAUCAACCCAGCAGAAAGUAGACACCUAUUUUUUGUAAAGAAGAAGUACAUCCAUUUCAAAGAUGAGAAAUGUAUUUUUUUUUUUUUUCCAAAAUUCAUCCUAGUGAAUAGGACGUUACAAUUGUUACUAAAGCUGGGAGAUGACACGUCAGUGAGAAAAUACCAAUCGGUUAGGAACUACCUCCACUUGGUGAAGACUGAACAGAUGGAUACAAAUUUCCACGUGAUGAAAUUCUCCCUAAUUUGUAACCUCAUUUCGUCCUUCUCCUUUUCCUUCUUCCUACUCAAGAGGAGGAAAGUUAGGACUGUUAGCCCCUCCAUUGGGGAAACCCAAUUCGUGUACUACGAACUGUACCUUGUGAAGCACCACUGCGAUAUUGUGCUGAAUAAAAAUAACGACGUCAACAUUAUUGUGAAUGGAUCUAGGGAGUCCCAAUUUGUGAAGAACGUUUUCUCACUAGACUACUGUUUCCACUUCCUAAAGUGGCAAAAUAACAUAAUAGGGGAACCAACAGUGACGUCAUCCAACCGGCAUUACACGAAUGUGACACUCCCCCGAAAAGAAGACACAAAAGGGGUCAUCUACAUAAACAACCUCUACGGACUGAACGAAAAUGACCUAGUCAAUGUGAAAAUAUUUAUUAAAAGCGUUAGUCUGCUACUAACCUUCGAGGACGUAUCGAGGGAGGCCAUUACCCUUGUGAAUAUGAACCAGAGAAUUCACUUUAGUAAAAUAUUCUUCAAUUUUUAUACCUUCCAGUGUUUGAAUAGGAAGUCCCUUGCGAGGAGGAAACGAUGCAUAGGGUUCUGUGAGGUGCGAAGAACCCGGAAGGAGCGGCAACCGAAGGAGCGGCAACCGAAGGAACGACAUCGAUGGGGGGUGCGCCCACCCCGACGGAACGAAUUGGUGGAUGAGAAUUCCUCCCCAAGUCCGACCAACAAUAAUAACCGUAACGGCGUCGUAGCAUUGUCCAACUGGAGUGCUAACCCAACAAAGGGGGAACCAAACAGGCAGUGCUCCAAUAUAGUUGCCCUGGAGGAAUCAUCGUCUACCCCUUUGUCCGACGAGCCGAACGAAUGGGGAGAGAAGAACCCACAAAUGAGAAGCAGCCGCAUCGUGAGGAAGCUACUCAGGAGAGGCAGACCAGAAUAUCUAACAACCAUGAAGACAGAUACGACUAUCCGUAUGGCAGGAAAAACACAUACACUGUUAAGAAGAAAAAAUAAUAUUUCAAAGAUUUACAAUGUGUAUAGAUUAUUCAAGAGCAAGUUGUAUUGCCAGUACUCCUCCCACUUGUUCUAUAAUUACGUGAAGAACAUCCAUUUGUACAAGCAACUGUUUGGCUUGUUAAAAAGCAACGUCCAUGUGGUGAGCAUGAGCUUUUCUGAUUUUUACGAGAGGGUACUAAUCCUAAUAGAUAACAUACGUGUGAGUAAGGAAGACGAGGGGGUGGAGAAGAAAACCUUUGAACGAAACAGCCACACCAUUCUUACCAAGUACAAUGAUGAGGAAACUUUUGUCAGCGUUAAUAUCGACCUUCUAAAACAGAGGGUUAUGAAAUACAAGCAUAUUUAUAACAGUUUGAAUAUUGUGCAUGCUUGUUGUCACUUGGAGAGGGAACGCAGACAGAAGAAGAGGCGCAUAAAAAGACAUACCAUCCAGUGGGUUAUGCCCCCAAAGGAGUCCUCGACGAACAGGGGGAGGAGAGUGACGACCCACUUAGCGGAAGAGACGCACACAAGAAGAGUCACCUUUUCCGAAAGGAACGCUGCACGUAUUGCCAGGUCGAAAAGCUUUGCCACGAAUAGGGCACACGCGCUACUGUACAGUGCGUACUAUUUUUAUAAGAGGGGGAAGGACUCCCGUCGAGGCUCCCUCGAUAGUGACGCCGCCAAUCGUGGUGAUGAUGCCAACCGUGGUGAUGCAACUAACUACGGUGCGCUGACACACCAAAUAGACAACCUCGUCCAGUUCAUCGAGCAGAUCAAGAAGCAGAAGCCGCACAAGAGACGAAGCGAAAUCAUAAAAAAUUUAUCCAUCGAAAUUGCAAGUCUGAGCCUGACCCUGGACUAUAACUACUUUGCUAAUAUCUUGCCUCUUUGUUAUGAGUAUGUGUGUACGCAGUUGCGUCAGUAUAGGUUUUACGGCGCUGAGGAGGGUGCACAUGCAGCAGGGAUGGGCAACCAAGCCAACCAUGCCAACCGUGCCAACCACAGUAACCAUUCCAGCUAUCGGGACAACGCCCUGCAGAUGCUCCUGCGCGACGCGGAAAGACUGAACAAAUUUGAACCAUUCGCCUACUCGCGCAGUCUGUAUAUACCCACCAGCGAAAGGAAAAAAAACUUCCUCCUGUACAUAUAUAACCUGGAUAUAAAAAAAACGAAGAUCUACAUAAACGUAAAUUAUCUGCUCAAGUUAUUGUUGACAAAAAAUUUCCUCAUGAAUAUAUCAGCCAUAAAAAUCAAAAAUAAAAAAAAAAAAAAAAUACAAUAUAUUUUAAAAAAAAUAAAAAAAAUAUAUUUCUACAAUUACAUCAGCAUUUUUUUUUAUCUUCUCAAAAAUAUAAAUAUAUCAGAACAUUCAUCAUCCGCGACGUUGAAUUUGUUGUCUUUUGUGGAAAGUAUUUUAAAAAACAACUUGCAGUUACUGAGCCCGUUAAACAACUUGUACAGCAUUGUUGUUACGUUGAAACACAAGUGUGAGCAUCAAUUGGAACAUAGCAGUAAAGCGGGUAGGAGUAUUAACGGGGAUACAAGCUACUCAUUAAAUAAACACAUCAAUCCUUUUUUCAACUUUGAAGCCAGUAGGGGACUCUUAAUUUCGUCCAGACAUUAUUAUGAGUAUUAUUCGCAGCAGGGAGAAAACAGAACCAGUGCCUACUUGAAAAAUUUUUUCUCCUUCAAUUACGGAACCUUUUUUGGGAAAAGUGUUUUUACAAGUCCCUUUUCGAAGGAGCAACAACAGCGUAGCGGCACUGCCGUGCGGAGGACACUCCUGGACGUGCUCAGCCCAGGCACCCCAGGGGAGGAUGAUGAACUACUACAUCGUCCUACUGAACCAGCAACUAGUGGCAUCCCCCUAAGGAGUAAAUCCCACACGGCGGAAGGAGACGACAAACAGGCACGUGCACUUGAACGGGCGCGCCGUAUCCCACGAGGAACCCCCCAAGGGGAAGCCGAACCAGGACACACGCAAGAGGAAGCUAACCGCCCGAAGCGUAAAAAGAAGAAAAUGAAGAGGAAAAAAAAACGAGACAUUCAAAAUAUAACGCAUAUAUCCUUUACGCAUAACCUAAACAUAAGGAAGUAA